CUUCAGCAACCAGCUUCUGAAAGUUGCAAGCAAUGGGGUGGACAUCUCUCCCAAAAGAUGUUUGGGUGCAAUGCUUGGAUUAUCUCUCCGAUGAUUCAAUUUUGGAGCUGGCGGUAGCGUCUCCAAACUUCAAAUGCACUUUGAUUGAAAGCCGAAGGACAGGCGGAGGAGGGCCGUGGCGACACCCACCCGGCACUUGGCAACCAGCAGGCCUUUGGAGAGUGCUGAAUUUCAGCAGCCUUAGUGUGGAAAUGAAGAGCCUUCCUGCAGUGAUUCUGCACUGCGAUAUCGAGUUCAAGGAUCCCACAGAAGUGUCGAAGUUCUUCCACGCAGCCAAAACAGUUGCGAGUGACACAGUCGAUGGUCGUGUGAUGUUUAGCAAGUUCUCCUUUGAUCCCCGCGAAUCGGCCGAUCUCUUCUCCGGCUUCGAUGAUGGAGCAGGCAACUGGUGUGGUGCCACGCCCAAUGUACCGAUAGUUUUCAAAGGGGUUGAGAUGGAGUGCUGCCUUGAAGCCCAAUGCUUUGAUUUCGAGCUUGGUCAGGAUCUUCCCAGCUUACACUUGGGCUGUGCUUGCUGGGAUGAUCAUCCGGUUCUGGAGGGCUUGGGCCUGUGUUGUCGCCCCUUGAUUUCGCCAGAGGUUAGAUUGAAGGUGUCCUGGGACACAAUUUAUGAGGAGCACCUGUUGGAUGCCACAUCUCCUCUCAGCACUUUGGUUCGCGCGGGGGAAGCGCUGCCAAUAUUCUUCGGGGUUGGUAGGAUGAGACCAUAGCCUGGCAAAGAAACCAGGGGAAAAAGGCAGAUAUGGAUAUGGAAUGAAA